AUGGUCACAGACGUUCCCGUGCAGAUGAUGGACGUGCUUGGCACAGCGCUUCCUUACAUCGGCUUUGAUGCUGGUGGUCGGCAGGUCCUGUUCCAGACGUCCUUCGUCUUGGCGGUGCAGUUCGUCUACCUCAUUCUGGCCGUCAUCCGCGUGCUGCUUCACUACGUGAUGCAUGAGCGCUGUAUCAAGAAGAUCUACGAUUGGAUCUUCGCAGUCGUUCUAUGCCUCGAAGUGCUCGGUUUCAUGGCUUGGGUCGGUCUGACGGCAGCAUGGUGCAUUCUAGCGACGAUCCUGUCUCCGACGAGCUAUCUGCCUUAUGGCACGGCCGUGAUCGUCUUCUGCUUGGUCAUCUUGAGUCUCUGGAAGGAGCUGACGGCGACUGCCGCCUCCAUGCAGAAGAAGGUCUUUGCCAUGGUCGACGAGAAACUCCAGGGAUGCUUGAAGGCGGUGAAAGACGAGAUGGAAAUGCAGAGCCAGAGCCAAGCCAUGGUCGAGGCUCUUGGAAAGCUCAAGGCUGAGAAGAAGAAAGCUGCCAAGAAGGUGGAUGAGUCGCAGUCCGGUUUCGAUGAGUAUCAGCAGGAGAAGAAGAAGCGAAAGGUCACUCCUGGAGAUGUCUUUUGCACCCUGGAUGCAGACUCCACAGGCACGCUGUCCAUCGACGAGUUCAGGAAGCUUUUCGUCGCGAUGGACUCUACUAUGGACCCCAAGUCCAUCGACAAGAUGUUUGCCUACGCCGACUCUGAUGGUUCGGGCCUGGUGAGCCAGGACGAGUUCGAAGAGGCCUGGAACUUCUUGGUCGAGCAUCUCGUUCAGAAGGUGCUCGCCGAACUGGGGUUCGGUCCGCUGGACAUCAUUUUCGCGAUUGGGAUGAGCGUCGUUACGAUGAUUUGCUUCUUCCUGUUCAUUUUCUUUGCGAUGCAGGGGUGGUACAACGACACCUCUUUCCAGGCGUGUGUGCAAUCAGCACUGGUCGCCGGAAGCGGCAAGGUGGCGACCAUUGUGCGGCAACGUGCUCCAGACGAAGACGAUGCCAAUCUAGGGAACUUGGCAACCUCGCUGGAAGGAGGCGACGCUGGAGAUGCCGGAGAAGGUGACGGCGACGGCGGCGGCGAAGGGGGCGAAGGGGGCGAGGGAG